AUGCCUUUAAAGAUAUUCUAUUUGGUAAUAAUAUUUUUAAAAACGGGUUCUUGUAAAAAUAUAAUUGAAAAAAAAUCCUUUUUUUUAUAUCUAUUAAAACUAAAACAUAAUUAUCGCUUAAAGAAAAAAUUAAUCGUUAACAGUGUAAAGGGAAUAAGAACUUUUGAUCCUAAAAAUUAUGAAAGAAGAGAAUAUUUAUUUAAAAUAUGGAAAGAUAUAUCCAAAAGCUUUUCUUACGAUUUUUAUGAUUUACCUAUAUUAGAAAAUUAUAAUAUUUUUCGAAGAAGUAAUAUUAAUGAAUCAUAUGAUUUCAUAAAAAAUAAAAGACAUCUAAUAUUACGUCCAGAAAUUACACCUCAAUUAAUUAAUUACUUAUUUUUCAAGAAAAGAGAAUUGAAAGAAAAAAAAAAAAGUAAUAAUGAUAAUAUUUCUCAAAAUUAUAAAAAGAAAUAUUUUUUACAAAAUUUUAAAAAAGUUUUUAAGAUGUGCACAAUUGGACAGUGCUUUAGAUAUGAGAAAAUGUCCAAAUGUAGAAAAAGAGAGCAUUAUCAAUGGAAUAUAGAUAUUAUAGGAAUAAAUAAUAUAAAUGCAGAAAUAGAAAUUUUCACUAUUUUAAUUUCUUUUUUUCAUUAUAUUAAGUUAAGUUAUAAUGAUAUAGUAUUUAAAAUUAAUGAUAAAAAAAUUAUUCAUUACAUUAUCUAUAAAAUUUUUAAAAAAUCUUUUGAUUUUUCUUUUAAUUAUACACAAGAAGAAAUAAAGAAAAUAUUACAUACAUUAGAUAAAUUUCAUAAAAUUAGUAACUAUUCCUUUAAAUUACUAUUAAGAAAAAAAUGCCCAUAUUUAAAAAAAAAGGAUAUAAAUCACUUUAACAAUGUAAUUCAUAACAUUACUACUCUAGACCAAUUAGAAGUGUACCUAAAUUUUAAUACUACCAUAUAUAAUGAACUUAAAAAUAUAGUUUGUUAUUUUCAAAAAUUAAAUUUAAAUCCUUUUUUUCAAAUAGAUUUAACAAUUGUACGAGGAUUAGAUUAUUAUAAUAAUAUCAUUUUUGAAAUAUUUUACAAGCAUAAGAAUUAUAGGGCUAUAUGUGGAGGUGGCCGUUAUGAUUUUUUUUUAAACAAAACGAAAAUUUUCGCAGUUGGUUUUGCCAUGGGAGAUAUAGUAAUAUCUGAAAUUCUUUUCAAGAAUAAUUUAGAAUUAACUAAGUUACAAAAAAAUAUAAAUGUUGUUUCAUUUUUUCCUUUUACUUUGAAAGAAAAUAUAGAAGAUAUUCAUAAAGAGUAUUUUAACAUUAUAAAUAUUUUAAGAAAUAAUAAUGUAAAAGUUUAUUCAUUAUUACAAAAUAAUAUAAAACUCUCAAAAGCACUAAAAAAAGCUAAUUCUUUAAAUUCUGAUUACUUUUUAUUUUUUCAAGAAAAAGACAAUGUAAUUUUCUUAAAAAAUUUGAAAACAGGAGAACAAAUCUCUGUUAAUUCACAAAACAUUUUAUCUGCCUAUAAUGAUUUUUAG